AUGAUUGAAGAACUUGAGACUGGAUGGUACGUCUUACUCCUGGACUUUCCGUUUGUGUCCAAACACCACAGUGAAAUCUUCACCGCCCUGCUACCCAGCCUGGCUUCCACAGGGAGCAGGCUCUUUCUGCAGUCGCUGGUGACCACAAAUACCGUUUACAAGUCUGUCCUUUCUGAAACAAAAGUACUUUCUGGAAACAGCAAGGAGCAGCAAGGAAAAGCACAAGUGGCCCAUCAGGCUUCCCCAGUGGGACAGAAGCCCAUUAAACACCUCCCUCCUGACGGGAACAGUCCACCAAGCAAUGCUGGUCAGGCUAGCAUCUUUCCUGAGCCCCAAGAGAAACAGCACCCGUACUUCCUGACACCCAGAAUCCCCUUGUCUGGGUUUUUUUGCCCUUUACAAACUACAUGUGCCUCUCUGCAGGAAGAUGGUGCUGUUGAGAUAGAAAAGGAGUCCCCAAAAGAUUAUACAUGCUGCGACUUGGUUGUAAACCUAAAGGAAUGUGAAAAGCACGAGGACCUCAUUUUCACACCUGAGCCCUCACCAGCGACGCCCUCUCCAACAACCGCAGAGGGACCACAGAGCUCUGACCCAUUGGAAGGUAGUUCUGAGCCUAAGCAUCUGCUAGGAAGCUCCAUGACCUUGCAGGAAGCACUGGAAGUCCGUAGACCCCAGUUCAUUUCUCGCUCACAAGAACGCCUGCAAAAGCUUAAGCACAGGGUACAGCAAAGGAAAGCCCAGCAAACGGAAAACCUGGGGCAGAAGCAGAGCCCACUUCCUGUCCGUGCCCACAAGAAGCAGUUCACUAUUCCCCAUCCUCUUAGUGAUAACUUGUUCAAACCCAAAGAGAGGUGCAUUUCAGAGAAGGAGAUGCAUAUGAGAUCUAAAAGAAUCUAUAAUAACUUGCCGGAAGUUAAAAAGAAAAAAGAAGAGCAAAAGAAAAGAGUGAUCUUACAGAGUAACAGACUCCGAGCAGAAGUCUUCAAAAAGCAAUUACUGGACCAGCUCCUUCAGAGGAAUGCAAUGUGAUCCCAGGUGGCCCUGCUAGCCACAGCCUGGAUCUGGAAGACUUCCGACGAUGGAUGAACCAUUAAACUUAACACUAUCUUCACACGUGAAAAAUACUUUACUUUACUUUAGACUUUUUUUUUUUCACUUUCUGAAUGAUCCAAACAAACAAAAGCAACAGUCCUGGAGUCAAUAGGUCCCAUUGCUGGGACUGCUAUCCCUCCGAACCUACUAGACUUAGCCCCUUUUAUUAUUUUGUUUUGGUUCCGUUUUGGCUUGUGAAUUUUACUCAUUGCUUCUGAAGUUUUCAGUAUACCAUUUCCACCCAAGAAGGAAAGCUUUAUAUAUUCAAGUAUGCUUAAAUGUUUUUUUUUGAGGGGCGCAAAAAUUUUUGUAAAAAUUUUGAGAAGCAAAAUCUAUCAUAUUUUAAUUCCCAAUCCCAAUGGCUGCCAGUUCUGAAAUCCAGAGUAUGGCUCAAAGUCUGUUUAGCACACUCAUCUGGAGUAUCAGAUGCUGACUUUAAAAUGGACAGAUGAAGAGGCCGAGUGCAGGCAAGCCAGAGAGCCCUCUGCCUCUCUUCCACCCCACCCCACAGUGCCCUCCUGUGCCAGCCAAAGCAAUUGUUUCCGUGGGAGCCUGAGAUGGCUGGGU